CUGGGAUUCGUAUUGAUUUGUGGCUCGGUCUCGCUCGUUUCUCCCUGACACCAGUUAAUUCGUUUCUUCUACAAUGGCGAGCCAGACACAGGGAAUCCAGCAAUUGCUGGCCGCUGAGAAACGCGCCGCCGAAAAAGUAUCAGAGGCGAGAAAGCGAAAAGCGAAACGCCUAAAGCAGGCGAAGGAGGAGGCCCAGGAUGAGGUAGAAAAGUAUAGGCAGGAGCGUGAACGCCAGUUCAAAGAGUUUGAGGCCAAGCACUUGGGUACAAGGGAAGGAGUUGCCGCUAAAAUCGAUUCUGAAACUAAGGCCAAGAUUGAAGAGAUGAACAGGAAGGUUGAAAUACAGAAGGGCGCGGUGAUCAAAGAUAUUCUGGACUUGGUGUAUGACAUCAAGCCACAAUUGCACGUCAACUACCGUGUGAAGUAGACUUCUUAAGAACGUCACUUCGCGAAGCUGCUCUUGGAGUUCCGCGCUCCGACCAGCCACACCUCUAUAUAGUUCUUAUCGUUACGCUCCAGUUUUUUGAUAGACACUUAGAAAGG